UUCAAAAUAUACAGCAUAUCAAGAUUUCGAAUGGGCAGUGAAACUCAAUCGUAUAACUUUAGAUUUUAUUGGACUUUGGCCUAAAACCGCACAAAAUCCUCGACAGAAAUUAAUGUGCAAUUUUCGAGUACUCAUCGUUUUCACAGCGAUAACAUUCGGCGUUCUGAUUCCUUCUAUACAUUCCUUUAUAAGAAUUUAUGGUGAUAUCAUGCUAAUGAUAGAUAAUUUACAAUUUACUUUACCAGCUAUAAGCUGUUCGAUAAGAAUCGCGAUUUUUUGGUGGAAAAAAGAAGCUAUCACACCAAUCAUUGAUAUGAUUGCGGAGGAUUGGAUAAAAUCGAAAAAUGCGCAAGAGAGAAAUAUUAUGAUCAAAAAAGCGCAAAUUUCACGUAUGAUUAUUGUGUGUGCAUAUUGUAUCAUGGUCGUGGGAUGCUUAUUUGUUAUCGUUCCCCCUGGAUUUGGAAUACCGAUAAGAUUAACGACCAAUAUUACUGAUCCAGGCAAAAUAGUACCAUUACAAACUCAUUAUAUUUACGAUGUAACAAAACAACCUCAAUACGAAUUGACGUAUAUUAGUCAAACUAUCUAUAUAGUUCUCGCAGUUUUAUCUUAUACUGGAAUCGAUCAUUUUCUUGGGCUGCUAGUUUUCCAUAUAUCUGGUCAGUUAAACAUUCUCAAAAAUCGUUUGAUAAAUUUGGAUAAAUAUAUCAAUUCUCACGACAUGUUAAAAAUAUGCGUGGCACGACACAUUCGUUUACUUAGGAAAUGA